AUGACAACAAGAACCAGCAAGGGUCGUCAAAGGGUUGACAUGGUGAAAAACAAGAAUGCGAGGAACUUACAAGUUACGUUUUCUAAGCGUCGUGCUGGAGUUUUCUCCUUUGGUCACCCUAGCGUGGACACGUUGGUCGAGAGGUUCCUUGGAAGGAACCUCCCUCCACCAAAUAACGAUGUCCACAAUCAACAAAUCAUGGCUCGUAGAGAAGCUGGUAUUCUUGAGCUCAAUACCAAGAUUGUGAACCUUGAGGGGGUUCUCCAGAUGGAGAAAAAUCGCGGAGAAUCCCUUCGAGAAAUUAGGAAGAGAGCUAAUGUUCUAUGGUGGGAAUCUCCUAUGGAAGAACUUAACUUAUUACAACUUCAACACUUGAAGAAGGCAUUGAAAAUUCUAAAGCAAAAGGUUGACAAAGAGGCACAAAUGGUGAAUAAUAAUGCAUUCCCAUAUCAGACAUGGAGAAGUGCCUGGACUCCUCCAAAUUGUGUUAGCUAA